AGGAGAGACAGGGAAAGGCAGAGACAGAGCUAAAGAGAGCACAGACCCAGAGGCUUCCAGAGCAGGAGAGACUGAGGGAGGAGUCCAAGGUAAGGCCCGAGAACCCAAGAGGGAGGAGGAGAGGUGCAGAGAGACCAGUGCCAGGCCACAAGGGUGGCGGGUAGCAGGGGGGCCCCCAGCUGCAGCCUCAGGAGUGCCCGGCGGCAGCGUUUUCUCCCAGCGGGCACGCACGUGGUCUCUGGGUGUGCCCGGGUGUGUCUCCAUCACUCUCCCGCCAUGUCUCACCCAGAGUGGGAAUCACAUGUGUGCCAUGGAGCGGGCGGGGCACCAGCACGGGUUGUGUUUUUGUCACUGGGCGUGUCUGUGUGUGCGGUUUGGUGUCUCUGGGUGUGUCUGCAUGGGUUGUGUUGGUGUGUUGCCAGACAUGUCUGUGCGUGAGUGUCUCGUUUCCCUGUGGCUGGCGGGUCCAUGUUCCUGCGUGACAUAUGACAUGGGAGGGAGAGGGGUUGUGUCUGUGAGCUCCCUCUAGAGUGGCUGUGUCUCGGAGGUCAGUGUGGGAGGUGUUUUGUGUUACCAGGCUGGUGUCUCCCCUGGGUUUGGAUCUGUGUCCUGAUGUACGGCACACAGACCCAUGUGUUACCCCUGUGCUGCUGCACGUGGUGACAUUGCACAUUGCAUGUCACUCUGGGAGUUGCAGUGCAUCACCCUGCAUUGCAUUUGCUGUUUUGUACAUCACUGUGUGUUGUGUCUCUGAAUGUGUAUUGUUUGUGCAAAGGCGAGCUAUUGUUCAGAGAUGUGACAGGGGUGAGUCCAUUUGGGGGGCCUCUCCUUUGCCUGCCGAGAACACAGCCUGGGUGCCCACACUCAGAGCAUGUUGUGUUUGUGUGGCUGUGUAUUAUACCACACUGGAGGGUAUCCUCAGGUGUUGUGUGUGGUGUUGUUGCAGGCCUAAGUGUUGGCUGUGUCAGUGGGUCACACCUGAUUUAUGUGAUACGUGGUGUUCAGAAAAGGCUGUGUUCGGAAAUACUGUGGCAGUGUGUUUUGUGUCAUUCUGUGUUUGUGCAUUACUCUGCAUAUGCUGUUUGUGUGGCCACGCAUGUUGGAGUAUAUCGUGUGCCAGCCAUGGUGGGCGUGGUUCAGGUGUGGCUUACCAGUCAGAGAAGAUGUUGCAUUUGGGCAUCAGGGUCCAUGUACCCUGUGCCCCCCCCCACCCCCUGAGGUACCAUUCUAGGUCAUGUCCUCUGUGAUGCACCAAAAUAUAUCAGACUGUCUUACUUUGUGCCGUUUGGGUUUCUGUAUGUGUCGCUGUGCAUUGUGGGUGUCUACACGUGUCCGUUCACACUGCUCUGACCAAACGUGUGAAUGGCUCUGGGUGCUGGGGCAUGUUGUAUGUCACGGUGAGUCUGUAUGUGCCGUGAAUCAUUUUCCGAGCAUGUAUAUUUGACUUGCCAUGUGCCACAAUGUGUCUCCAUGUGCAUUUCGCUGUGUGCUGGGUGCUUGAGGACUGCCAUGGUGUGUGUCCCCAAAUGUUGUGUGUCUGCACAUGUCGGGCGCCACUCCACAGCUGUAUCACGUUUGGGACGCCGUUAGCAUAUGGUCCAUACCGCUGUGUUGAGUGUGGCACGUGGGUGUCACUAAGUAACAUGUUGUGUGUCUGAGGAACCAUUGGUAUGUGUUGUGUUAAUGUAGCAGUAGAGUCUGGGGGUGGCUGCUUGUGCAAGAGGACGUCGUACCAGUUUCGACUACAGUUUUUGUGCCUGUGUGUGGACAGUUUGGGUGGUCAUGGGCGCCACGGGGCACUGACUGCCGUGCUGAGUGCCGGCGUGUGUCACAUCAUCUGUGUGGUGUCUGGGUGUGGCUGUGGGUUGCCGAGCUCAUCGGGAGUUGUGAGUCACUCACUGUAGGUUGUGUUGGUGCCCCAUGUGUGUUCGGUUCCGUCUCCGGCCAUACUGUGUGUGAGGGUUUAUCACCCGGUGUCUUGUGGUGUCUGGGUGUGGCUGAGUUUAGGUGUGUAUUACCAAGUGCAGACCGUUGUGUGUGACACAAACUAUUGUGUGCCAGUAUGUGUCUUUAUCCACGUGGAUGCACGCCUCUUCCUUGCUCUGCCCCAAGACACACCCCAGUCCCUCCUUAGGCUGAGAAGGGAGGUUGGGGAGCCUCCCCUCUGCCCAAGGGCCACGCCAGCCCCUCCCUGCCCUGCCCAGCCGUCACCACCCCCAGAGGGCACAGACUCCCUCUGUGCCUCAAAGCAAGAGCCCCAGAGCAAGGAGCAGAGCAGGCUGAGGACCUGCAAGCCACAGUGGCUGCCCUUUGUGUGCUGCGAGGUGGGGGACCCUGGGCAGGAAGCUGGCUGAGCCCCAAGACCGCAGGGGCCAUGGGCGGGGAGCUGGUGCCAGGCCUGGGGGCCCUACAGCGGCGAAAGCGGCUGCUGGAGCAGGAGAAGUGGCUGGCUGGCUGGGCACUAGCGCUGGCGGGAAUUGGCAUCGGACUCAUGGUACUACACGCCGAGAUGCUAUGGUUCGGAGGGUGCCCGUGGGCGCUCUACCUGUUCCUGGUUAAAUGCAUGAUCAGCAUUUCCACCUUCUUGCUCCUUUGUCUUAUCGUGGCCUUUCACGCCAAAGAGGUCCAGUUGUUCAUGACCGACAACGGGCUCCGGGACUGGCGCGUGGCGCUGACCGGGCGGCAGGCGGCGCAGAUCGUGCUGGAGCUGGCUGUGUGCGGGCUGCACCCAGCGCCGGUGCGGGGUCCACCGUGCGCCCAGGGUUUGGGGUCCCGGCCCGCGGCGACGCAGUCCUGGCCGGGCUUCCUGGAUGAGGGGGAGGCGCUGCUGUCCCUGGCCAUGCUGCUGCGCCUCUACCUGGUGCCCCGCGCCGUCCUCCUGCGCAGCGGCGUCUUGCUCAACGCGUCGUACCGCAGCAUCGGCGCCCUCAACCAGGUCCGAUUCCGCCACUGGUUCGUGGCCAAGCUGUACAUGAACACGCACCCCGGUCGCCUGCUGCUCUGCCUCACGCUUGGCCUCUGGCUCACCACCGCCUGGGUGCUGUCGGUGGCCGAGAGGCAGGCCGUUAAUGCCACCGGACACCUUUCAGACACACUGUGGCUGAUCCCCAUCACAUUCCUGACCAUUGGCUAUGGAGAUGUGGUGCCAGGCACCAUGUGGGGCAAGAUUGUCUGUCUCUGCACUGGAGUCAUGGGGGUCUGCUGCACAGCCCUGCUGGUGGCCGUGGUGGCCCGGAAGCUGGAGUUUAAUAAGGCAGAGAAGCACGUGCACAACUUCAUGAUGGACAUCCAGUACGCCAAAGAGAUGAAGGAAUCAGCUGCCCGAGUGCUGCAAGAGGCCUGGAUGUUUUACAAACACACACGCAGGAAGGACUGUGGAGCUGCCCGCAGGCACCACCGCAGGCUGCUGGCCGCCAUCAACAGGUUCCGCCAGGUGCGGCUGAAACACAGAAAGCUCCGUGAACAAGUGAACUCCAUGGUGGACAUCUCCAAGAUGCACAUGAUCCUGUGUGACUUGCAGUUGGGUCUGAGCAGCUCACAUCAGGCCCUGGAGAAGCGGAUGGAUGCACUGGCAGGGAAGCUGGACACCCUGACUGAGCUGCUUAGCACGGCCCUGGGAUCGAGACAGCUUCCAGAACCAAGCCAGGAGGCCACGUAGCUGGACCCAUGGAGGAAUAAUCAAGCUACUUUCCCCAGGAUUGAGGUGGAGGACAUUGUCCCUGCUACUCCUCACCCAGCCCUAUGAAUAAAGCACCUCAAGUGCAAGGACCAAAGGGGCCCCACCUUAGGGUGGGCUCACUCACUGACUGCUGCUGGAGGAGACACUGGCUCAAGGAGAAAGACCGUGGCCACACACACACACACCCAAACCCCUGCCCCAAAUGGGAAAAUAAUCACUACUAUCCCACAUAGGCUGGACAAAACAUCCUUACUAUGCUGCUAUGGAUGACCUCCAGCUUUCAGUUAGAAGUGGAGGUGCCUGGGGGCUGAGACUCCUGGGUCCCAGAGGAGGAGGGGACUGGGGGCCCAGAGUCCAGGAUCCUGGAGUGCCUUAGCUACCACUGGAUAGCAGAGCUCAAGGAACCAGGCCUGAGGCUGAGAGGUGGCAGGAGGCAGCGCCCCCUGGCGGGAGAGCAAGGAGGACACAGUUUUCCAGAGCGCAGAGAAUAUCUGGUGGGGAGAAGGUGGGCAGGGGGCACAGCUCACCAGUCUCUGCUCUCAACUUUGUAAUAAACGUUCAACAACGCCAGAAAA